CUAUAUAACCCGCGCGUCGAGUCUCUUCCCGGCAACCUCGUCAAUCCAAUCACCCACCCAACCAACCACCUCUGCACGCGCAGCCCAGAUCUCGGCCCCUUCCCUUCCUCGGACCAAGCACCAGCAAUGGCCACCACGGCAGCCGACGCCACGGCCGCGGCGCCCAAGGACCAGCCCGCCAACGGUUCCGAGCAGGUCACGCGCCACUCCGAGGUCGGCCACAAGAGCCUGCUCCAGAGCGACGCCCUCUACCAGUACAUCCUGGAGACGAGCGUGUACCCGCGCGAGCACGAGUGCAUGAAGGAGCUCCGCGAGAUCACCGCCAACCACCCAUGGAACCUGAUGACGACGUCGGCGGACGAGGGCCAGUUCCUCAACAUGCUGCUCAAGCUCAUCGGCGCCAAGAAGACCAUGGAAAUCGGCGUCUACACCGGCUACUCCCUCCUCGCCACCGCGCUCGCCAUCCCCGACGACGGCACCAUCUUGGCCAUGGACAUCAACCGCGAGAACUACGAGCUGGGGCUGCCGUGCAUCGAGAAGGCCGGCGUGGCGCACAAGAUCGACUUCCGCGAGGGCCCGGCGCUGCCGGUGCUGGACGCGCUGCUGGAGGACGAGGCCAACCACGGCACCUUCGACUUCGUCUUCGUGGACGCCGACAAGGACAACUACCUCAACUACCACGAGCGCCUCAUGAAGCUCGUCAAGCUCGGCGGCCUCCUCGGCUACGACAACACGCUCUGGAACGGCUCCGUCGUGCUCCCCGCCGACGCCCCCAUGCGCAAGUACAUCCGCUACUACCGCGACUUCGUCCUCGACCUCAACAAGGCCCUCGCCGCCGACCAGCGCGUCGAGAUCUGCCAGCUCCCCGUCGGCGACGGCAUCACCCUCUGCCGCCGCGCCAAGUGAACCACGUAACCCGUCUCCGCCGCUCCGCCAUAGACGCCAAGAACAAGAAUUAAUUAAUUACUCCCCAUUUUGUCUUUCCUGCUCGCCUUCUGUACUCUAUAUCUAUCUUCUGCAAUUCGUAUAAAGAUUUCUCCAGACAAACGAUUAAUAUUGGUACUCCUA